AUGGCAGAAGGAAGCACGUCUUCGGACGAAAGCAGUAGCAAGCACUCGGGCGCGACAGUUACUGAAGCUUCUGUUCAAGAGGGCCUCUCCCACCUGCCUUUAUUUCCGAUGAGUGUUUGCGAUUGGGUUAUCCAGCAGCAACUUUACACUGACAAAUCACAAGCGGCUCAAGAUCCCGUCGCGGUGGCUAAAAAAUUACCGAAUGAAAAAGCUGAUGCAGAAAAGGUCUCCUCAAGUCUCGACACUGAUUCUCAAGAGGAAACCUUAGACGCAAAGGAUGUAGAUCUAACAACUUUAGCAAUCGCGAGCAGUAGCAGCGACACCACAGGCAGCAGUUCAAAGCAACAAAGUGCGGAUCCAUGCAAUUUGUAUGUUAACAAACUGCCUGAUGAACUGGGUGAAAGAGCGCUCUUCAAUUUGUUUCGUAGUUAUGGAAGGGUGCUUAGUGUGAAGAUUUACAUUGACCUGGAAGCCAACAAAAGCAAAGGCUAUGGUACCAAUUACUCUAAAAGGCAAGCUUUCUUUGUAAUUAGGUUUUGUGCGCUAUGCCGAUCCACAGAGCGCUCAAUGUGCUAUCAAGGCCAUGCAUGGUCGGAAGCUGGGCAAAAGAAGAUUAAGCGUAAAACUUGCAAGAUGUACAGGUAA